AUGACUUCCUUUAUUUUUAGCCCCGAAAAAGAUUGUUCCACUCUGACAGCAUUUGGGCUGGAUUCUGCCAUUGUUCCUCCUUCGUUCUCAAAUUCUACACGGCAGGCAAAGGACAGAGCAGCAAGCUCUAUGGAUAACAAAAAGGGACCGUUCGAAGUGCUAGUGACAGGAGCAGCGGGGUUUUUGGGAUCGAACCUGGUCGAUUUCCUCCUUGGGAAUGGCCAUACUGUGAUUGGGCUUGACAAUUUCCAGAGUGGCUUCUCGAAAAAUUUGUGCCAUUUAGAAAACCAUUCUCAGUUUCAAUUUCUCAAGCACAAUAUCCAAGAUCCUCUUCCAGAGUUGGAAGGAAUCGACCAGAUCUACAAUCUAGCUUGCCCAGCAAGCCCGGUUCAUUAUCAAAAGGACCCGGUGUCGACCUUAAAUACUUGUUUCCUCGGUACUCGAAAUCUGUUAGAGCUUGCGAGAUCCAGAAAUAUACGUAUUUUGCAUACCAGCACCUCAGAAGUCUAUGGCGACCCCUCCAUUCACCCCCAGCCAAAGCACUACUGGGGUAACGUGAACCUAUUCGGCCCACGAGCCUGCUAUGAUGAAGGAAAACGCGUUGCCGAAGCCCUCUUUUACGCCUACCGAGAGCAACACGGCGUCGACAUUCGAAUUGCACGAAUCUUCAACACAUACGGACCACGAAUGGGCGCAAGCGACGGUCGCGUCGUGUCCAACUUCAUCGCAUCUGCAUUGUCCGGGGAUGAUCUAAAGAUUACCGGUGACGGCAAGGCGACUCGCUCGUUCCAAUAUGUCACCGACUGUAUGCAGGGGUUGUAUGCGCUCAUGAAUAGCGACUAUAGUAAAGGCCCGGUGAAUAUCGGUAAUGAUCGGGAAUUUACUAUCCAGCAGCUAGCUGAACUUGUGAUCGGGCUUGUUUCGCAGAUGACUGGCCGGUGUAAGGCCUCUAUUGCAUAUCUGCCACCGUUGGUAGAUGACCCUACAGUGCGCAGGCCGGAUAUUACGUUGGCAAGAGAAGUUCUAUGCUGGGGACCCGUUAUCCGGCUAGAAGAGGGAUUGCGGAGAACGAUCGAAUGGCAUAUCAAUGAGAGGCGGUCUGACUGA